AUGGUUCCAUCACCAUCAAAUGAUGACUCGGACAUCUUCUAUCUCAAACUCACUGAGUUGUUGGAAUCCUCUGGACUCACCCUAAUUUUCAAUGUCCGAGAAACAUUGUUGGACUUGUACCUGUUUUACUUGGAGGUGACCAAAAGAGGAGGAUAUCACCAGGUUGGCCGAGAAAAGAAAUGGAGCGAAGUUGUCUCUGCUCUGAAAUUGGAAGGAAAUAAUGUUAAGUUAUGUGCUCAAAUUGAAAUGCUUUAUGCUCAUCUUCUUUACCAAUUUGAGCAAUUGUACUUCUACAGGAGUCCUACAAAACCUGCUGCUACUAGCAGCACCAAAGGUCUACUAAAGAGGAAGCAUAAUUCAACAGUUAGUUUAUCUCAAAUAAGGGAUACUAAAGAUGGUCAAGUGGUGACAAAAAUGUCAAAGGAUUGUUCUAGCCAAAUGACAGGUGGUUCAUGUGAUUUAGAAGUGCUUAUUAUGCAAUGCUUUAUGUUCCAACUUAAAGCAAGGGCAGGGUUUGUAGAACGACCGGUGCUUUUAGCAAUACCCUCGAAUGACAAAGAAAUGAAAAAACGCCGAGGUGCUCCACAAGGACAAAAGAAUGCCUAUCAAAUUUUCAUCAAGCAGGAAUGUGCUCGAUUGAGAACGCGUAAUGAGGCCUCUGAUGGCCACAGAAUCCUACACAUGGCUAUUGAUGCAUGGAAGAAGAUGUCUGAAAUUGAGAAACAGCCAUAUGUGGAGGAAAGCAAGAAGAACAAGGAAAAAUUUAAGGAAGCGAUGAUCAGUCACAAUAAACAGCAGAACAUGCAUGAUACCAGGGAAGAGAAGAGGCCUAGUCUGUCUGAUGAUUACCAUGUAACUUUGCAGCCAGAGGCAGAUGACUCCUUUGUCAAUAAAGCAGAAGUGGGAUUAGCUCUUAAAAUGACCGAAAAAACAUCCAAGGAAACUUUAUUUCUAAUGGAAUGGGAUGCUGCUUGUUCAUUAGAUUUUCCAACUGAGGAAUCCAAGGAACUCUACUAG